ACUACGAUGCGCAUUUUAUAGUGACAGAACUUGGUUAUGAUUCCCAUAGAAUAAAAGUAAUUCCGAACAGCUAGGAAAAAUUCGUUACUUUUUCAAAAUACAUAAGUAAAAUUUUACCAUCAGAUUCGUGGAUACAUUCAGAUUUAUGGCUACAAGCUUAUCAACUCUAGACGCCAAUCUAAUAACACCAAAUUUGGAAAAAUUCCGCCUAACUGCAAAAUAUUUUUCCAAUAAAGAUUUACCGCUUGUCACCCGUAAGGGUGUAUAUCCUUAUGACUUCACGGAUGGUUGGGCUAAACUCGAAGAAUCUACCCUUCCACCAAAGUUUGAUUUCUACAGCGCUUUAACGGAAACACAUGUUAGUGAAGAGGACUACUGCCACGCUACGAAGGUGUUGAAUCACUUUAAUUGUACAUCACUCGGUGACUAUAGUGAUUUAUAUUUAAAAAUCGAUGUCUUACUUUUGGCGGAUGUAUUUGAAAAUUUCCGAGAUUUAUGCUUAAACACUUACAAUUUGGAUCCAGCAUACUAUUUUACAGCACCAGGGUUUUCUUUCGAUUCAAUGUUGAAACCCACAGCAAUAAAACUGGAAUUACUGUCGGAUUAUGAAAUGCUGUUUAUGUUUGAAAAUGGUAUUCGAGGAGGACUUACACAAGCCACUAUGCGGUACGCGAAACCUAACAAUAAGAGAACACCUGAUUAUAACCCGGCAGACCCAAAGUCGUGGCUUGUUUAUCAGGAUUGUAACAAUCUUUAUGGUUGGGCAAUGUCGCAGUUCAUGCCCUACGGAGGCUUCAAGUGGGUUAAACCGUCUCUCGACGGAUUAGCUGAUUUGAACGCAACAUCGCCUAUAGGACGGAUCUAUGAAGUCGAUAUAGCUUAUCCAGAAGAACUGCAUGAUAAACAUAAUGACUUGCCAUUUUUACCGCAAAACAGUAUACCGCCAGGUUCAAAAGUGCGAAAACUCAUGGCAACAUUUGAACCGAAAAAAAAUUAUAUUGUUCACUAUCGCAACCUCCAGCAAGCCUUGAACAAUGGUCUCAUAGUUGAAAAGGUGCAUAGAGUUGUUCAGUUUAAACAAUCACCAUGGCUCGCAUCAUACAUUGCUUUGAAUACUGAAAUGAGGAAGAAGGCGAAAAAUGCAUUUGAGCGGGAUUUCUUUAAACUACUAAACAAUGCUGUAUUCGGAAAAACGAUGGAAAACGUUCGCCAACGCAUGGAGAUGAAACUUGUAUCGUGUGAUCGACGUUUACAGAAAUUAAUAAACAAAUCGACUUUUAAACACUGCACUACGUAUUCUGAUAACCUAAAUGCCGUAUCAUUGGAAAAUAAGAUCAUCCAUUUUUGCAAACCUAUUUAUAUUGGUCUCGCGGUUCUCGACAUAAGCAAAAGUUUAAUGUAUGAUUACCAUUACAAUGUGAUGCAAAAACAUUAUGGAGAUAAAAUCGAGCUCAUGUAUACAGAUACAGACUCACUAGUAUAUUAUAUCCAAACGAACGAUUUCUAUGAAGACCUCAAGAAUAAUGACAACUUAUUCGAACGAAUGGAUACUUCCAACUUACCGGAAGAACAUCCAUGUUUUAUUUCGGAGAGAAAAAAGAUACCGGGUCUGUUUUCCGAUGAAACAGAUGGGUUCAUAAUGACCGAGUUUUGUGCGCUGCUAGCAAAAUCGUAUGCUUACAUUUUGGACGGCAGGGAGAAAAUCAAGGCCAAGGGAAUUAGAAGGCAUGUUGUAAAGAAUCAUAUGACGUUUAACGAUCAUAAAAAGUGUUUAUUUGGCGAGGAGGAGAUGGAUGUUAGGAGAGAAAAUGUAUCCAUCCGUUCUUUCAAACAUCGACUGAUGACGAUAAAAUCAAACAAAUUAACGUUCAAUAACUUUGAUGACAAGAGAGUUAUCCUAGAAGACAAAAUCCAUACUUUGGCUCAUGGACAUUACUUAACAAAGAAAAUCGAUACAUUGGAUGAAGCGAUUUCGACAGAAUGAUUUUACUCCAUACUGAAUUGCUGCUUGGGGGGGGGG